AUGAUGCAGCAGAUCCUUCGGGACAUGUACGUGGAGCCGGAGCUUCUGGCAGAGUUAAAUGAGGAACAGAAGCAGAUCCUCUUCUACAAGAUCCGCCAGGAGCAGGUGCGGCGCUGGAAGGAGCGCGAGAAUCAGGAGGAUGGCUGGGAGAGGUGCCCGCCUCCCCCUCAGCCAGAGGGUGAAAAGAGGGUCCAGUGGCUCCAUGGCAAUGAUGGUGAGGUGUGGGUGUGGGUGCUGGGGGACGCUCCUGGAGACAAAUCAUAUGAGCAGAUCAUCAGAGAGCUGAUCGAGGAGAGAGCUUGGCGGCAGGCCCAGCUAGAAGCUCAGGAGCUGUGGCGAAAGAAAGAAGCAGAAAUCAAGCAGAAGUUCAGGGACGCUGUAGCUAAAGAGAAGGCCCGACUGGUAGCAGGAAAGUGGAAGGAGGAAGCAGAGGACAGGAAGGCAGCUAAACGUGAGGAGGAGCGCAUACAGGAGGAGCUGAAGAAACGAGAGGAAGAGGAGAGGCAGAAAGGGGAGGAAGAGGUACGACGUGUAGAGGAGAAAAGAGCAAGAGAGCUAUACAUCUCCCUGGAGCAGGAGCGAAAGAAAAGUGAACAGGAUAACAAGGCGUGGGAGGAACAAUUACGUCGUUCGAAAGAGGCAGACGAGGAGAUGAAGAAGAAGGCCCGGUGGGCGAGAGAUGAGUAUAAACGUCAGUCCAUCCGAGCCAUUGAGCAAGGCCACGUGGCAGGCCUCAGCGGGCACUUCCAACAACAGCCUCACAUUAUCAGGAGGCAUAGCACCACCAUAGAGCAGACGGCUAAAUCACCACCUUGCAGCGAAGACCGUCCUCGGCCUGGCCUCCAGCCUGCAGCUCCACCCCUCCCUGUCUGGGUGCGUUGUCCUCGUCCAAGCUCCAGAGAGUCCGUCAUUUCAUGGUUCUCUGAAGACCAGAAGCCCAAGCGGGCUGGUUACGAACGCAACAGUGACACCAUCGCCCCGUGGUUUCAUGGAAUCAUUACACGAGAGGAAUCGGAGAAGUUACUGAAGGACGAGGCUGAAGGAUCUUUCCUGGUCCGGGUCAGUGAGCGGAUUUGGGGUUAUACGCUGUCAUAUCGCACGGCCACUGGCUUCAAGCACUUCCUUAUCGACGCCUCUGGGGACUACUACAGUUUUCUGGGAGUCGACCAGAACCGCCACGCCACUCUGACUGACCUCAUCAACUUUCACAAGGAGGAAGUCAUUACCACCACUGGGAAGGAGCUGUUACAGGAGGCAUUCAAACAGGCUUCCUGUUCUGGAGACUAUGGUGGACUGUUCUCAUAACUACUGACCUUGCACUGGAGCCUGUAA